UUUGUGUCGUCCCUCAGAAACCCUAAUUUUCCCUUCAUUUGCGCAAGAGGCUCUCACCUCCAAUCCUUCAGCCGCUUCAAGCCAGUCUUAAGACAGAAAAUGAAGGUUGUCGCAGCUUACCUUCUCGCCGUUUUAGGAGGCAACUCCUCCCCCACCGCCGAGGACUUGAAGAAGAUCCUUGGAUGCGUCGGCGCUGAUGCUGAUGAGGACAGGAUUGAGUUGCUCUUGUCUCAAGUGAAAGGAAAGGACACCACCGAGCUGAUUGCAGCUGGUAUGGAGAAGUUGGCCUCAGUUCCUUCAGGUGGUGGCGGUGGCGGCAUUGCAGUUUCUGCAUCAGCUGGCCCUGCUGCAUCUGGUGGUGCUGCCCCAGCUGCCGAGUCAAAGAAGGAAGAGAAAGUGGAAGAGAAGGAAGAGUCAGAUGAUGACAUGGGUUUCAGCUUGUUCGACUAAAUUGCUCUGCCUGCUGGCUAUUGUUGCCCCUUGAAGACUGUUGUACUUGGGUUUUUACUUAGUGUUUUAGUUGAACUUUUGACAAGUUUUGUUAUCUGUGUACUUCGAGAUGUAUUGGAUGUGCCUGAGAGCAGUCUUAAUUUUGGAUUUAUGAAUGAAGAUGUCAUGAAAUUGCAGUGUUAGCUUUGAUACUUAAAUUCUCUUAUUGAUUGCUCCAGUAUCCUGUUUUAUUUCUAUUGAAUUACUUUGUGUAUGGGUUGUAGUUUACCCAAAGGCUUCUACAAUUGAACCCAGCUUAUGAUAGGUAAGUGAAUUUUAGUUUGAGAAUAAUAUGCC